CAGCGGUUCCUGAAAUCUUGUGGUGGCCAUUCAGCAAGAUGUCAAACCUCUCUGUUGCACGUACAUCCAUGUCUGGCCUGAGUCCUUUCAGAGCACUUGUCACGACUUGGAGAUUCCUGUGACGGUCAUAGUUUUUCUUGGACGUGAAGAAAGUCAAAUUGACAUUUCCUAAAUCGUGGAAUACAGUCCCGCCCCCACUGCGUCGCCUGGCGAGCGGUAUCCCUUUCUGUCUCAUGGCCUGAAGGUUGCACUCUUGCCACGGGUUCUGAUGUCUCCCUAUCACCACCGCUGGGGCAUUACUCCAUAAGAAGAGCAUACUCCGGUUUUGGAGGUCAACAUGAUCGUGUAUCCAGUCCUCCAAUGCUAAGUUUUCAAAUAUGUCUGUUGACAAAGAUUUGAGGAUAAGUCCUGAUUUACCAGUCUCGUCAAUGACAGCUGACAAUGUGCUCUUGGCUCGAGCCGAUCGAAAACAGGCUUGGGAUUGUGCGAACAAAUUCGAGAAUGUUCUUAAAAUCAUCGCGCCUCUAUCUGUCGUUUCUUCUGUGCAUCUGAAAAUAGUUUAUCACUUUUGUUGAAUGAAACUUUUCCAAAUACAUGAAUGGAAACGUUCAGAGUGAAUACGUUUUCAGAUCCAAUUCGUUUUUACACACAUACUUCCGCUGUUCUUCUUCUUAUUUUCUUAAAGGCACGGUUUAUUUACCCUUGUUGUAACACUGCCAUCUGCUGUGCUGGAGCGAUAUCGACUCCGUGUUGCUCAAGUGAUUUUCGAUGCUGGUUUUACAACGCCACCCAGCGGUAUAAAUCGUAUAUUGAGUCAAAAAGGAUUUACUAGUUCAUGAUGGGCUGGGUUGGAUUUAAAAUAUUAUUUUUGGCUUAUUUUUCUAAAUCAACAAACUAACAGGUUAACACUUGCCCCUCUGCAAAAGCAGCCACAAAAGGCUCACUAUAUGGAAGUAUCAUGUACCGCAGAGGGACAACAACUAGGCUCCCACAAAACAGAUUGACAGUGCAAUUUAUUAUAGUAGCCUACUUUUUAAUCCUGACGAAGGCAAAAUAACUUUGAUUUAUUUGAAGCCUGGGGUGCAUUCCUUUUGUUUAAAAUGGUAGCAUAAAUUGCAUAGAACACUGCAAUGCAUUUAGCAAUGCAGUCAAAUCAGUCAUUCUGAUGCAUAAUACUUUUGCAUUUAGACUUGGAAUUACACUAAACUAACAUUAUCUUCUGCUAACAUUAUCAGCACGUUUUGUCAGUGUGUGGUGGAGGACCGGGUCACUACGUUGUCAAGGUAAUGGACGCACACUGUGAAGAAAGGGCCUUUGCUGAUUGGCUUGCAAGCUUGCGACAUCUCGAAUUUCGAUCGAAUCCUGACAUCUGAUUGGUCAGAUCGUUUAUCCCGUAUGGAAAGCGGUUUAGGAGCCAUUCAAGGUUUACAACAGCAAACCCCAGUGAUUUAUCCAGAUAACCUCACGUAACUAUUUGCUAGCUACAGCUAUAACUAUUUCAUCCAUAAAGUAAGUUGAAGAUCUCUCUCUCAACCAUGAUUUGUUUUUGUUUACAUCUAAUGUUUUACUUAGACAAGCAGUAGCUUUAGCCUAAUUCUAAUUAAGUGUUUAGCGAGCAAUCUUGCCAUAAUAAAAUCAGUAUCGCUUUCGACAAUUCAAGGCUAGCGUCGUUAGCAAGAUUGCUGUGAUUUGGAAGACUACUUUGCAAACUAGCAAGCUUUUGAAAUCCAAUACAGUGCUGUUUAUAAUACAUUCAUAAUCAGUAGCUCGAUUAAAAACACCUGUUCGCCAAAUAAGGAACUUUAAUGUAAUGUUUUGGAUAGCAAGGUCAAGUUUGAAUAUGCUUGGUUACCAUGACAACGUAAAUUGUUUAGAACAGUGUGUCAUAAAUCAGGCACUCUUGUUAGUUUUUUAUCUAUCAGCUUGAUACAGAUACAUUUUCUUAUUUUAUUUAUUUUCACCUAAUCCCCAUUGCCCUUCCUGUGUCAGGCUGCAGAGGUUAGUGUGGCUGGUGUGCAGGCUGAGGAGGUGCAGCUUCAGCAGGGGGUGAGGGGAGGAGGAGGUGGAGGAGCUGUCUUUGGGGAACCAGCAGGAGCCAGGCCAUAUCAGUACACCAGCUCAGCUGCAGGAAGAGCAGUACCAGCAGGGCCCCACACUGGAGACAACAGAGGACCACACACAGCAUGCAGAGAGCAUCAUCGAAAACCUGCAGAGGAAGAUCACGUCACUAGAGGGCGCUAUCACCAAAGUGACACCUGUAAGACCACGACUGGUACCACUAUAUUGCAUUCUAAUUCAACAGGCAUAAAGAAAAUAGUAUAAUCAAUAGCCUACAUUUACCAUCCACCCUGGCUUCUGGGUUCUGGGCUAUGUCUCAGGAUAGCGAGUCGGCAGACACUGAACCAAUAGAACUUGAGACCCAGCUGAACCCCACAGUAGAGCAGAAUCAGGAGCAGGACCUGCAGGCCUUACUGGACCAGUUGCACCAGGAGAGAGACAGUCUGAACAGACUGGUGCAGAAGCUCAGCCUCACAGAGAGAGAGCAGGUCCUGUUCACAGAGCCAGGCGGCAGGGGCAAACGUGGCUCUCGUCUGGACAGCUUCUUGCGGAGUGUGGAGGAGGAGAGGGACUACUACAGACAGGAAGCAGACAGCCUGAGGAGGAUGCUGAGGGGCAGGUGCUCCUGUAGCCCCUGUCGGGGGCACCUCCAGAGCCGCAGCCCCACCCGCCAGUCCCCUGUCAAGGGGGGCAGCUAUGAUUCUGAGCUGAUCAGGGUCUUGAGAGAGCGGGACGAGAUGCAGAACAUGCUGGAUAAGUAUGAGCGCCACCUGUCAGAGAUCCAGGCCAACGUGAAAGUUCUGACUGCCGGCAGAGACAAGACCAGCAUGCACUACCAGCAGGCCCAGCAGGAGAUAGCGUCGCUGCGUCGCGAGGUACUGAAAUCCAAGUCGUCGCGCGCAGCUAAGAGCAGUGUCACUGUGUCAGCUCAGAGCAUCCUGAAGCGCGUGGAGGCGGAGAGAGACGAGGCCAAGGUCGACCUCCACCGUAUGAGCACAGAGAGGGACAGUCUGAGGGAGAGACUCAAGACCUCUCAGGAGACAGCCAUCAGUGAGAGGGCUCAUCUGGAGCAGAGGGUGGAGGACCUGCAGACAGCCAUUCUCACUCUGGAGCAUGAGCGGGGGGACCAGAAGAGCCGUCUUGCCCUGAUGAGGGAGUCCAUGAUGAGGCUAGAGGAGGAGGUCCACACCCUGGGCAGGAAGCUGGCCGCUGCUGAGGACGAACACAGCAGGACCAGGAACGAGUGUGUCAUGCUGAGACUGUCCAACAGUGAGACACAGAACGCCCUGAGUGACAGCCAGCGCAGACUGACCUCCCGCAUCGGAGAACUACAGACCUCCCAGGAGAGGAACAAACUGCUGGACGAGAAGAACGACUCUUUACUGAGGCAGAUGUCUGGUCUAAGAGAGGAGGUGAGCAGUCUACAGUCCACCAUCACUGACCUGGACCAGAGGAGAGACUCCCUGCAGGAGCAGCUGGAGAACAAGACUGACCUCCUUAACUCAGCCCACAACCAGCUGGACGACAACGAGAAAACCAUCAGGAAUCUCAGGUUGUCCAUUGAGGAUCUGGAGACAUCAGCAGAGAGCGUUCGUGAGGAGCUGGCAGGGCGGGAGAGGGAGCUGGAGGCUUUGAGGAGGAGGCUGGGAGAUGCGGGGGAGGAGCUGGGGGCUUUGGCCAAGGUGAAGGAUUCCACCCUGAGGGAGAAUGCUCAACUCCGAGAGGAACUGGACAGGAGCCGCCUCAACAACCAGGCCCUGGAGCUGAAUUCUGAGGACUCUGCCCAGGAGGUGCAUGAGCUGCAGAGGAAGGUACAGGACUAUGUGGCUGACAUCUCCCGCAUCGAGAACCUGCUGUCCACCAAGGAGCGGGAGUGCAGGGAGCACCAGGAGGCUCGGCGGCGUGCGUCGGCCCAGGCCGAGAGCUGGGAGGGACAGGCGCGGCAGGCGGAGGGGAGCAUCAGCGAGCUGAGGCUGGAGCUGAUGUCCUCAGACAUGGAGAGACGCAGACUCAAGGAGAAGGUGGAGGCUCUGGAGGCCAGUCUGCAGGAGGCGUUGUCUGCAGAGCGGAGCUGCAGCAGCCAGGUGUCUCAGCUCAACAGGAGUCUGCUGCACACUGAGGAGCAGUUGAGACAGGCCCAGGGGGAACACACCGCCACUCAGACUGACCUGGAGAAGACCAGGGAGCUCUGUGUCAAACUGGACGCCAGCAAGGAGGCUGUGCAGUGUGAGCUGGAGCUGCUCAUGAAGCAGCUUUCCAGUGAGCGUCUGAGCAUGAAGAGCCUGGAAUCCAUGCUGGUGUCCACCAGGGAGAAGGAGCUACACCGACAGCUCAGCUCCCAGGAGAGACACACAGAGAUCCAGCUGCUCAGGGACAAACUCACCGCGGCCGACAGCAAGGCGAGCUCUCAGCGUAGAGAGGUGACUACAUUGAGUACUCGUUCGGCACAGCUAGAGGCUGACCUGGACAUGACCAAAAGACAGCUAUCUACUGAGCGGUUUGAGAGGGAGAGGGCAGUGCAGGAGCUGCGUCGUCAGGGUCUGUCGUCAUCGUCCUCUGGCCUGCAUCCCUCCUCCCCUCACCUGCGUCGCUCCCUCAGCCCCAGCAGGCCCCUGUGGUCCACCCCAGACCACCUGGCCAGAGAGAGAUCCCCAGAGAGGAGCCUGGGGUUCAAGGACCUCUACGACUGAACAGAUCUCCCUCUGGAGGAAAGACAACCCAACCUUCUCUCUAGUCCUACUGUGCUAUGAUGUCGUUCUUCAACUCAAACCCUGUGAUGUCAUGAUCAGGACCUCAGGUUCAGAACAACCCUCCUAGACCGGAAAUAAUUUCAACAAGUGUUAUCUCAAAUGUAUUUUUUAUUAAAUUUUACAAAUGAACUGA